CAACGGUUGCGCGCCUGUCCCAGAUAAUGUCUUGGAUCAGAGCAGUAAGGCAUUCGGUGUCAAAUGCAUCCGAAUGUUGAGUAACGCCCAGAGUUUUGACUAGAUACAUAUAUAACAGCCCGUUGCGAAUGACAAUUGAGCACGCAUGUGUUCUUCAAGACCUCAUCAUAAAAUCGUCAACCAAGCCACCCAUUAUGCGCUUUUCCGCUCUUACGAUCGUGGCUUGCAUGUUUGCCGCCUCGGUGGUUGCCUUUCCAAUUAACAAGGACGACGAGCUGGAUGGAGCGCCCCCCAGUAAUUGCGUUCCGGGCGCCGAUGCAAUGAUUGCCGAUUCGGCAUGCUAUAAGAAAAGAGAGGAGGAAGAGAGAGCUAAGCGGCAGGAACAAUGCAAACCUGGGAAGCCGCCCAAUUACGCCAAAGCCGCAAUUGCUGAUUCUGCAUGCUAUUGAAGAGUGUCAAAGAAUGCAGCACGUUCCUGCGCUCGGCUGGAAGCACUUGGGCCGAUCGAGACCGUAGUGAAAUAUAUCCAGUAGUGGAGGAUAUACGUGUAUUUAUCAUCAGAAUUGGCAAAGUAAAACACAAUCAAGAACGAAUCACCACGAUUUGGAGCUACGCCGCGC